UGUAUCCUGCAUUUCAAACUAUGUCCUGUACUAUAUCUAAUAAAAAAAGUUAACUUCAGCCUUCUUUGUUAGCCUUCUAAUGAUGGACAUGUCCACGUCCUUCAGUCCGUACUUCCGUUCUACGUAGUAUGGAAGGGAGACGCGGCGGCUGUCGCGUGGCUGCGGCGAGCACGCACUCAAGCGCGGCCCGGAGCCCGGAGCCUGGCCGCCAACUUCCAGCUUGGAGCCGGGGGCAGCGCCAUGACGUCAUUCCGUCUCUCUCUCUCUCUCUCUCUCUCUCUCUCUCUCUAACACACACACACACACACACACACCAUAGAGACCUACGCCCCUGCAGCCAUGCCGCCGAAACACGGGCAGCAGCUCGGAUUUGACCCCGAUCACCCCUAGGAAGGAGGUGGAAAGAGAAGACGGAGAAAAGCCGGACCGCGCUCGCCGCCACGGACACACCAUAACGCGGCAGGGGCACUUCCGCAGUCCAGACGCUGUGUGUCGGGGUGUGUGUAGCCGUUAGCUGGAGUGGAGUGUAUGGGAGUGAGCUGGAGAAAAGCAAGGAGCAACCAAGGAGCUGAGGAGGAGGAGGUUUGAAUUGUCCGCUCAGAUAGAGGAACCAUGACUGAAGCGGAAGGACAUUUCUACAGUGUGCAGGUGGGGGACUCUACCUUCACCGUACUGCGGCGCUACCAGCAGCUCCGUGCUAUUGGCUCCGGGGCGCAGGGUAUCGUCUGCUCUGCUCUGGACACUGUCCUGGGCAUCCCAGUAGCUGUGAAAAAGCUCAGCCGACCUUUUCAGAACCAGACGCACGCCAAGCGAGCCUACAGAGAGCUGGUGCUGCUCAAAUGCGUCAAUCACAAGAACAUCAUUCGUUUACUCAACGUCUUUACACCUCAGAAGUCCCUGGAGGAGUUUCAGGAUUUGUAUCUGGUUAUGGAGCUGAUGGAUGCCAGCUUGUGUCAGGUGAUCCACAUGGACCUGGACCAUGAGAGGAUGUCCUACUUGCUUUACCAAAUCCUGUGUGGCAUCCGACAUCUCCAUUCUGCCGGAAUCAUUCACAGGGACCUGAAGCCCAGUAACAUUGUGGUGAAAUCGGACUGCACUUUAAAAAUCCUCGACUUUGGCCUGGCCAGGACCGCCUGCACCAACUUCAUGAUGACGCCGUACGUGGUGACCAGAUACUACAGAGCACCGGAGGUCAUUUUAGGCAUGAAGUACAAGGAGAACGUGGAUAUUUGGUCAGUGGGCUGCAUCAUGGGGGAAAUGGUCAAAGGCAGCGUCAUAUUCCAAGGCACCGAUCACAUUGACCAGUGGAAUAAGGUUAUCGAGGUGCUAGGAACUCCUUCUCUAGAGUUCAUGAACCGUUUGAUGGAGACAGUGAGGAACUACGUGAUGAACAAGCCACAUUUCCCAGGAGUCAGUUUUAGCGAGCUCUUCCCAGACUGGGCUUUCCCCUCAGAGACCGAGCACGACAAACUUAAGACAAGUCAAGCUCGGGAUCUGUUGUCGAAGAUGCUGGUAAUCGAUCCAGAGUCGCGCAUCUCUGUGCAGGACGCUCUGAAUCAUCCCUAUAUCCACGUGUGGUACGACCCGGCUGAGGCGGAUGCGCCUCCACCUCAAAUCUCAGACAAACAGUUGGAAGAGAGGGAGCACAGCAUAGAACAGUGGAAAGAGCUGAUCUAUAAAGAGGUGAUGGACUGGGAAGAGAGGAACAAAAACGGCCUCCUAAAAGACGAGUGCUUAGAUGGAGCGGUAAACAGCAGUGCCACAGCUUCUCAGUCCUCUUCCAUUAACGACAUCUCGUCCAUGUCCACCGAGCAGACCCUGGCAUCAGACACGGAUAGUUCCUGCAUCGACACCAUCGCCGGAGGAUUAGAGGAGUGACCGUGAGCCUCUCGCACCAUAGCGCUCUCUUUCAAUCUUUUCUCUUUUUCCUCUCUCUGUCUCUCUCUUUCUCUUUAUUCCUCCUCCACACAUUUUUUCCAGAUGGCAGUGUGGGCCCUGACUUGUUCCAGACAGCCAGGCUGUGACACUCCAGGGUUCUUCUGUCAUUUUACACCUGGUUUCUUUGCAUUCAGUUGCAUUUUAUACCCUAGAUCAUUUGAGACUAAGUCUUUACAUAUUUUAGAGCAGGAAGUAAAACAGUUCCUAUAGCUACAGGCUCUAAUAUCUAUUCUUUCCUUUUGGUUUCUUUAAUGGAAAUGUGCCUAAAGAGUUCCUUAAACGAUUCCUGCCAUGGAAGUUUAAGAAAAAAAAAAAAAUCAUCUUUCCAAAUUGACCUUUCCCAUUUAUUUAUGUUCGAGGUAUCAAAACGUUUCAAGACUAGUUUUGUAACACACCAACAGAUGGCAGCACAAGGCUGCAUGCACAGUCACAGGGACCACCGAACUUCAUAAGUCAGUGUCCCAAAAGAGAUCGUCCAGUGUACAUCGGAAGCCGGUGCUAUUCUGAGCACGUGUCACGUCUGCGAUUUCAUCACGUUAGAACAACGACAACUGUUACCGAGCUCUCCUCACACAUUAGUUUCUCGCCAACUUGAUCUCACUUCCGCACCCGCCGUACUCUCCAGAUUUGGCUCCUGCGUACCUCGCUUUCUUCCCGAAGAUUAAGAUUUGUCUCGACGGUCGUCGAUUCGACACCGUUGCGGAGAUCCAGCACGUAUCGCAGAAGGUGCUUGACACGCUUCGAAAAGAAGACUUCCAGGACACAUUCCAGAAGUUGCAGGAACGCAGGGGGCGCUGUAUUGCUGUGCAAGGGGACUAUUUUGAAGGUGAUAGCGUUUAAACAUUGAUAAAUAAAGUCCUUUCUUGUAAACAGAGCCAGUCUCGAAACGUUUGGAUACCACCUCUUACGUGUAGGCUUUCCAGAUUAUAGUCAAUAUGGUGUUAAGUAUAAUAAACUUCUAGCUGGAAUUAUUAACUUUGAAGUUCAUGGUACUUUUCUUCAUUGCUACCAUUUACCUUCUUCUUCUCUCCUUGUCUGCGUUCUAUGUGGCUGAUCUUACAUUUCAUAUUCUCUCUCAAGAAGCACAGACACUCCGGGAACGAGCUACUGGACAGCGAGUUACCUGCUCUGGAAACGUUUUAAGUUCUUGAAUUUGUGUUCAAAGUAUUGCAUGCCACUGAUCUCGAACUCUUAAACCAUACGUUUACAGUCCCACCAAGACCACCCCCAAUUAUGCCUGAACACACUUGCGAAAUGGUAGUGCCUGCCCCUGUAUAUAGACACGAUACAACCAUGUUUUCAGUCGGAGAACUCGAUAAUGCAUCUCACUCAUAUAGGGUGUAGCCAUGUAUAUAUACAUAUAUAGAGAAAAUGUGUGUAAAAAAAAAAAAAGACAAAUGUUUGUGUCAUGACUUUACAGCUUCUCUGAACGUGGUGUUGCGAAAGUACUGUGUAUGCCAUACACUUUUUAUUUUAAAAUCGUGUGCAUUGCCGGAAAUUGUAUUUGUUGCCGGCAAAAGCGGCCGCGGAAGCAGCGCACAAAACCUCCUUCCUUUAUCAUAUCAAACGGAAUUGUACAAGACCCUGCAGUGUUUAGAAAUCAUCCGAACAGAAUUGUACAUACGAGCUCAAGGUGUGUACGAUUCUAUUUUUUAUUUUUUUUUGAACGGAUCUGUAGUUUUUAAUUCCUCAUCGAAAACCAGUGCCCUCGUAAAGGGGUGGGGGGGAGUGGGGGGGCUUAUUUUAACCUGAACUCACCCAUAGGGUGAUUAUUCCCCCAGGGUCUCCAUUGUGACUGCAUUUACUAGUUGGCAUGCUGUGACUAAACACAGCGAGUAGCAUUGUAUUAUAAAUCUCUUGUCCUGUUAACACAAUGGAAUGUUCUUCACAUUGCACUCCAUUGUUACUUGACUGUCCAGUUUUUUUUUUUUUUUUUCUCUCUCUCUCCCUCUCUCUCACCCGCCCCUCCUUUUUUUUUUUAUUUACUUUUUCGUUAAACCGAGACUAAACACCGUCUGUGCUGAGACUUGUGAACAAAAUAAACAAUUCCAUCGUGUAAUAUAGCUAUUAUUUUACAAAAAAAUGCAUGAAAGCUUUCGUUCAGUGCAAUUAUAAGUGCAGACCAGGGAAUGUUGCUUCAUAAAACGUCUUUAGAAGAUCCUUUCCUCAGCUAUAUAAGACUCAUCUGAAGAGGAACCUCAUCUUCAUGCGGUGCGUAGAGGCUUCCUCGGAUCGGCAUUCCGAAGAACUUACCUUCACUGAACACAGAAGUACAGCCUCAGCAUCACGCCUGAUCUUCAUGCCUUAAUAUCUUCACGUUUGUUUUUUUUUGGUUUUUUUUGGAGCUUUAUUUGGAUGGACUGAAUGGUGGAAGAAAAGCAUUGUUUGCUUUUGCACAACAGCUUUGACAUUUAUGAACUACACAUACACAGCAUUUCUGUAACAAACAACAAAAAAAACGAGCGCGAUCCAAGUGACCUCACACGGUCCUUCAUUACAUAAUAGUACCACAGUAAUAAUGUAUAAUGAUGCAUUAUUUAUUGCACUAGUGCACUGUGUUUCUGAUUUUCUUCCCCUUUCGUAAGUUUUGUUAAGAGACAAUUCUGCAAGCACUUUUUGUGAGCAAAUGUGAGCUUUGUGGUAUCCCAGAUGCCAGCCAUUAACUUUUUGGAAGGGCUUACUGGUGUUUUAAAAAGGUAUAUUUCUGACAUUUUUGUCACUUGAGCAAGCUGCAUUGUAUCUGAACAAGUUUCAAACGAACGUUUUCUUUUUUUCUUUUCUUUUUUCGAACACUUCAUCGCAAAAAAAAAAAACCUUUCUGAAAAAUCAAUAUAUUAACUGCUAUGUAUGAAUAAUCCUCUUACCGCUUCUUUGUGGGUUCUAUUGUCGUGUCAAGUAUGGAUGUGAUCUUUUGUGGGUUGUUGCAAAUGGAAUCCCCUCGAGUUUCCGUCAUUCAACCCUGUCGAAAAAACAUAUGCAAAACCUCAACCGGGAGUGUAGUCUGCUGCAAUCGAGUGUUCCUCCAUUCAUUUGUAUGAAUGGGGGGAGAAAAAAAAGAAAAAACCAAUCUGUAACAAAUUGCCAAAUAAAACACUUUAAAUGA